UCCGCCAUCCUCCAAUCUCUCUCAAUUUUUCAAUUUUUUCAAUUUUUUCAAUUUUUUCAAUUUUUCAAUUUUCAAAUGCUUCUCCAUAACAAAUUCCUCCAAAUUUCUCUCUCGUUUUGAACUUCACCCUCCGUUUCCCCCAUUUCUUCCCAUUCCCAUUUCCUCCAUGAACUUCACUCCCCCUCCAAAUUCAGAUUUGGCGACUGCUCUCACUUUCUAGCUCCUUCCGAGGCCAAUCCACCCACAUUUCGCCUUCAUCUCCUGCUGCUUUCCCAUGGAAGUUUUGUGAACCAAUGGCCGCGUGUUGCAGAGGAUUUUCGACCCACUUCGAUAUCGACAGGCGGCUCGAGUCUUUUCGUUUGCCCAGCCAUGGGCAUGGCCCGCCGGAGCUGAGGAGGAGGAGGAGGAGGAGGAGGAGGGUUCUGUUCGAGAUUAAUGGAGUUGGGUUUACAUCUAUUAGUUGCUGCUGUUCAGAUUCUAUGGUUCCGAUACGGAGAACUACUGGGUCUGGAAAGAGCGUGGAGAAGAAAGAGGACUGGCGCUUCGAUCCCAAAAAAGCACCUCGCAGUGUCCGUAUCCAAGCCACGCCCGCAAUGUCCUUCGCUUCCCCUCAAUCUCGGUUCAUUUCAAAACCAGAAAAAUUCUAUCCUCGCUGCACCCCGAGGGGCUCUGGUCCACAAUCACGUGAUACUCCGCCAAAAAGAGACACUGGUAUUGCAAAUGAGAAGGACUGGGGGAUCAACUUGUUAAAUGAAAAUGUUAGCGAGUCGGGCACGAAUGAAGAUGGCAGUACUUGGUAUCGGGAAAGUGGGGAGGACCUCGGUGAUAAUGGGUACAGAUGUAGAUGGACUAGAAUGGGUGGUCAAUCGCCUGAUGGAUACUCAGAAUGGAAAGAAACGUGGUGGGAGAAAAGUGACUGGACUGGAUACAAAGAGCUAGGAGUGGAAAAAUCUGGUAAAAAUGUUGAAGGUGAUUCAUGGUGGGAAACUUGGCAAGAAGUUCUUCAUCAAGAUGAAUGGAGGUUUUUCUAUAAUCUUGCAAGGAUUGAGAGGAGUGCACAGAAACAGGCAAAAUCUGGCACUGAAAAUGCUGGAUGGCAUGAGAAAUGGUGGGAGAAAUACGACGCGAAAGGAUGGACUGAGAAAGGAGCACAUAAAUAUGGUAGAUUAAAUGAACAGUCAUGGUGGGAGAAGUGGGGAGAGCAUUACGAUGGAAGGGGAUCUGUUCUUAAAUGGACGGACAAGUGGGCUGAAACUGAACUAGGUACCAAGUGGGGAGACAAGUGGGAAGAGAAGUUCUUUUCCGGAAUUGGUUCUCGUCAAGGGGAGACAUGGCAUGUAUCUCCUAGUGGUGAACUGGAACUAACUGCCUUCCCGUCACAUGUACAAGGUUGGUCAAGAACGUGGGGUGAAGAACACUUCGGAAACGGUAAAGUGCACAAAUAUGGGAAGAGUACGACAGGGGAAAGUUGGGACAUUGUUGUCGACGAAGAGACAUAUUAUGAGGCCGAACCUCACUACGGAUGGGCGGAUGUAGUUGGCGACUCGAGCCAGCUGCUGUCGAUAAAAGCUCGAGAGAGGCCACCCGGCGUCUAUCCGAAUCUCGACUUUGGAUCAACUCCGCCUGCACCAGCUGAGGAACCACCACAAGAAUUGCCUCCUUCACAAUGAAGAGUUGGUGACUUCUAGGCCCUCAUUAUCUGGUUUAGCCCUUAGGAAUUCUUUUUCCAAAUCUAUUUUUAUUGAACAUCAUGAAGAACUACGUUUAUUCAUUCUUUAAUGUUAUCAAUUUCUUCAGUCCCAUGUGCAUGAAAUUCAAUUCCAUAACUAUUUGGCUUAAAAUUUUUGACA